CCCGGCAUGAGAGGCAUAAAGGAAGUGAAGUGAGCAGAGCUCUAUACUGAAGAGUAGAAUUUACGGCUUAGCGGUGAGCACGCGGAGCGAAAACACGCACCAUGUCUAACACGCAGUUCAACAAAGGACCUGCCUAUGGAUUUUCUGCCGAAGUCAAAAGCAAAAUUGCGCAGAAAUAUGAUCCUCAGAAAGAGGAGGAGCUGCGGGUUUGGAUUGAGGAAGUGACAGGGCGCACUAUUGGUGGUGAUUUUCAAAAGGGCCUGAAAAAUGGAGUCAUUCUCUGCGAACUGAUCAAUAAGCUGCAGCCUGGCUCUGUGAAAAAGAUAAAUAACUCUGCUCAGAACUGGCACCAGCUGGAAAACCUGUCCAACUUCAUCAAAGCCAUGACAACUUAUGGACUGAAGCCACAUGACAUUUUUGAAGCCAAUGACUUGUUUGAAUCUGGGAACAUGACCCAGGUCCAAACGACACUCCUGGCUCUUGCUGGAAUGGCCAAGACUAAAGGCCUGCAGUCUCGAGUGGACAUUGGCGUCAAGUAUGCUGACAAGCAGGAAAGGGCCUUUGGUGAAGAGAAGCUGAAAGCUGGACAGUGUGUGAUUGGGCUCCAGAUGGGAACAAAUAAGUGUGCCAGUCAGGCUGGUAUGAAUGCUUAUGGAACAAGAAGGCACCUCUAUGACCCAAAGGCUCAUAUCUUGGCACCCAUGGAUAACUCUACCAUCAGUCUGCAGAUGGGAACAAAUAAGUGUGCUAGUCAGGCUGGCAUGACUGCUCCUGGAACAAGGCGUGCCAUUUAUGACCAAAAGCUGGGCACUGACAAAUGUGACAAUAGCACAAUGUCACUGCAGAUGGGCUACACCCAAGGUGCCAACCAGAGUGGACAGAUCUUCGGCCUUGGCCGCCAGAUUUAUGAUCCCAAGUACUGUCCCACAGGUGAAUUAGGGGAGGAUGGUGGGGAGGCUGAACAAGAGUACCAGGAUGAGGGUUACCAGGGAUACCAAGAAGAGGGGCAAGACUACUAGAGUGAUCUGUGGGAUGGAACAACAAGCUGCUUAGGAUCUGGGUGACUGUUUAAAAGGCAUUUUAAUGGCACUUCUGCUCCUAGUUUUAAAAAGUAGGUUUCAGAUAUUCAGUUUUUACUGUUAGACAUCUAUUUGGCUGCCACUCAUUAGGGCCUCUUGAUAGAAUGAUUAUAGUUGGCAUAUCAUGAUGUAUCCUAUAUAGGGAAAUGGGGGGGCCUUUUAGUUAUUGCCUACUGAAGAUACAGAAAGCUGCCUUGAAAGUGAAUGAUGGACCAUUGGUCUUAAACGGCAGCAAACUUUGGUAUCAAGAUGAAAUGACUGUCUGCAAUGCAAUACUUCUACCCUCUUAUGGCACAGCUAUGUAAAUUACUGUUGCAUUAAUUGUAUUUAUAGUCUCCAUGUUCAGUAGAUAAAGUGCUUAGUUUUGGUUUUCAUCUCACUAGUUCUGUCCCACAUGUGGUGAGGUUAUUCAGCACCCAGAAAUGAGGGUGUCUGCCAUGACAUUCCAGGUGUUCACAAAAGGGCACAGAUGCAAUUUGAGUAUUUUCUUGAAUGGACUGUUGCUGAUUCAUUAAAUGUUUUGGUUUUAAUAUUUUGAGAAAUGAGGGAUUUCAGAUGUAUUGUUUGUGAUGGCAAUCUUGGAUUUCUUUUUCAUAAAGGACCAAUUUUUUCUUGCCUGUAAAAUUCCAACGUGCUGAAGUCUUAAAUGUUAUAUUUUUAAUAAAGUUUUUGUCAGACUCGAGGGAAAAUGAA